CCGUAAGGAUGCUUAAAUUUAAAGUUAAUUUAUUAUAUUUACGAGCUUUUCGUAGCAACAAACUAUAUCAUGAAACAAAAAUACAGUUAUAUCGUGUAGCAAAAAUUAAUACACAAUAUGUAACGAACAAAAGAUAUUUCAGUCAACAACAGGAUAUAGAAGAACAAGAUGUAAUUAAAAAGAGUAAUGGACACAUACCUGCAAUGACAAAAGAAGUUUUACAAUAUUUACAACCAUCUCCAGGUAAAAUAUAUGUAGAUAUGACUUUUGGUGCUGGAGGACAUACUACUGAAAUUUUAAAAUCAGCACCCAAUGUAACAAUUUUUACAUUAGAUAGAGACCCAGUAGCAUAUAAUAUUGCACAAGAUUUAUCAAAGAACUAUCCUGGACAAGUGAUUCCUUUGUUAGGAAGAUUUUCAGAUUUAUCAUCAUUACUUAGCGAACAUAAAGUUGAAAAGAAUAGUAUUGAUGGCUUCUUGUUUGAUUUUGGAUGUUCAUCAAUGCAAUUUGACAAUGCAGAAAGAGGUUUUUCUUUGUCAAAAAACGGACCAUUAGAUAUGAGAAUGGAUGGUUGUAGAUGUCCUGAAAAUCCAACUGCUGCUGAUGUAAUAGAAAGAGCAGAUGAGAUAGAUUUGUAUCAUAUACUGAAAAUUUAUGGACAAGAAAAGAAGGCUAGAAAGAUAGCACAUGCGCUUAUUGAAGCAAGAUACAUGUAUAAAAAAUUGGAAACAACAAAAGAAUUGGCACAGCUUGUUGAAUCUGUAUUUGAUAAUGAAAUUAGAAAAGAUCGAUUAGGUAGAUUUUCACAUUGUGCAACAAAAACGUUUCAAGCUCUUAGAAUUUUUGUAAAUAAUGAAUUGAAUGAAAUCAAUUAUGGCAUGGUGCUUGCACAAAAUUACUUAAAAAUUGGUGGUUGUUUGAUAACAAUAUCCUUCCAUUCAUUGGAAGAUACUGUUGUUAAAAGACACAUGACAGGAAAUAUAACAGAUAGUAUGGCAAAUGCUAUGCCAUUAAAAUAUUUAAAUUAUGAUAAAAGUUUUUGUAUUGACGAAUUAAAUGAUAUAGUCAGAUCACCAUGGAUAAUGAUGCAUAAGCAUGUAUUAACACCAUCAUCCGAAGAAAUUAAUAAAAAUCCUAGAGUCAGAUCAGCAAAAUUUAGAGCUAUUACUAAAGUUAAAUAAAUUACUCACAAAAUUACGAAAUAUUGUUUUUCUAUUUAAAUUACUAAUAUGAUCUUAUUAGUUAUUUAUAAGAUAAUAUUUUAUAUAGAAUAUACAGUAUAUAUAUGGAAUAUACAUAUAGUACAUGGAGUACGAAAAAUAUAAAUAGAAAAAGUUAUUGCUAUAUGACUAUAAUAUGAAAAAUGAAUUUAUAUUUAAAAUAAUCCUUCUAUCUCAUUCGUUUCACUAUUCCAAUCCAUAUCAUAAAUACUUGGCCUAGUAGAAAGACCUGGCAUCAUCAUGAUCUGCAAUUUUUAAAAAUGUUCGCGAAAUAAAUUUUUAAGUUUAAUUAAAAUUUUUCAAUUUAUAGUUGAAAGUCUUACCUCUCCAACAGAUGCUACGACAAAUUUAGCACCAACGGCUACAAAUAUGUCAUUGAUAUCAAGUUUGAAACCUGUUGGGGCACCUUUGAUAGAUGGAUCUCCUGUUAGGGAGUUAGAUGUUUUUGCCAUACAUAUAGGAUACUUAUCGUAACCUAAUGUGUUAUAUACUUUAAUUUUUUCUUUUACCUAAGAUUCGAAAAAUAAGUAAAAAUGUAUUAUUGCUGUGUAUGUGUUAGUACUUCAAAUAUAUAAUUCUGUAGAAUA